AUGAGCCCCUAUGAAAUUGGUCUCAUCAGCCGCCUCUCAAGCAGCGCGCGUGACACCUCCGCGCGGCCUCCGCAAGCCACCGCGCAAUUGCCCGACGGCCACAUUCCGCGCCAGCCGCCCAACCCCCAACAGAGUGCGGAAACACGCGCCGCUCCGAGCGGCGUAAGCGCCACGGAGGAAGUGGUGGUGUGCCGCGCGGGCGAGCCGUUCACAGUGGUGGCGCAAGCGAGCUUCCGCGCGCCGUUCCGCGUCGAGAUGCGCGUCGCGGGGCAAUCACUCGGGUACACGGAGUAUUUCUACUCGCCCGGGGAGAUUAAUCUUCACUGGUUCCAGGGCUGGCAUCUGGGGCAGGGCCAAUUCGCGCCCUUCACCUGCGACCCGGCGCUGCCGCGAGAUGCGGAAGCGGUGUUGGAGGCUCGCGCAAGUAGCACCACGGCAAUUUCGCCGCCUAAACCGGCGCAAGAGCCGCCGAGAAAGUCGCCAGGGCUCUGGCGGCAGGGCCGUGCGGCGGGUGAGAGAGAAUCCUUCGCAAGGCGAGGGAACCGGGGGAAGGCGGCAGGAGGGACGCGCGGGAUGCAGACAGGCGGGAGGCGCGGAAAGGGAGGCGCGCAUGGCGGGGAGACGGGGAAGGGAAUUGGGCGCAGGCAUGCGGUGGCCAGCGCGUGGUGGUGCUGCUCCGGCGCGCACUCCCCGGCGCUGAGGAUGACUGCACCGACGACAGGCGCGCGGGGAGGAAUUGAACGGCGGGGAAAGCUGCACUGGCGAGGAGGACAGAGAGCGCCGCAGCCGCAGCAGCAGCAGCAGUGGCGGGGGAAUGAAAAGCAGGGGAAUGGGGAGCAGGCGGCAGGGGAGGUGGUUCGGGCGGAGCAAGAAAAGGAGGAGCUCGACGGGUGCGGGUGGAGGGACGAGCGGGCUGGGUUGCCUAUUCCAUCCGCCCUCGCUCUCUCCUUCGACCCGUGUUCCAACGCACUCGACACCAGCAGCAGCGACGGCACCGACUCCCUUUCAUCGCCCCCUUCAUCGCCCCCCUCCUCGCCUUUCCACCCUCGCCACGCGUCCACUGGUGCUGCAGUGGGUGGUGAAUGCAGCACAGGCGAGCAGCAGGCGGGUGAGUCCUGCAGGCUGCAGUGCUUCCCGGCCUCCGUCUCCCACCCCUGCACGCUGUCGCCGCUGACUCAAUCCGCGCUGCACGCGCACGCUCUGCGCGAUGCUGCUGACUCACCUGGCAGCACGGAUGACGAGGAUGGCGACCUGAGCUCCAACACCGAUCACGAGGACGCGGCGAGCAGCGGCGAAUCAGGCAAUCGAGCGAAAGACCUUGGUGAGAACGACCCGGAUGAGAGUGCCGUGUCCUGUCGCUCGUGCCUGCCGCCUCUCCUCUCCCUCUGGCCGCGCUGCAAGCUCCAACAACAGCAACGCACCGUCCCACCUGCCCUCUUAUCAGGGCUACCUACUCUCCCCCUGGCGGCCAGCCUGUUGCUGGUGGAUUUCCGAGUGGACGUGCUCUUUCAUUCCAUCCGCCUGCUGCCCUGCACCGCCCGCACUGCCCACGCCGCCACUGACGCCUCUACCCACACCAAUGCUCAGUGCGAGCACUGUGAGAAGCGCCUCAGGUGGUACCUGGGGGAGGGGGCUUCUGGCCAGGCUGCACCUGUGGCUGCUUCAGGGGCGACAGGGGCUCAUGCAGAGCAGGCGGGUGGGGGCGGUGAGGAGGGUGGCGCAGAUGGGGGAGGUGGGAUGUCAGUGCUGGAUGUGCCUGGUCCGGUGCCGUUUCACUAUGAGGACUUGGACCAACAGGUGAUGGUGUCGCUGCGCUUCAACUGUCAACGGAAACUGAGGGAGAGGGGAUUGUCCCAGGCUGCUGUUGCCAAGGCAUCAGAGCUUCCAUGUGAUUUAGACGUUGCAAACACGCAGUGA